CCCUCGGCAGCGCCCUUCUGGCAGCUUUUGGAGCCUGUUCGCGAAGAUAAGCCUGCCGGGAGAGCAGAGCCCUCUGAAAGAACCGACAUCCUCGCCCUAACCGAUGACCUUCAUUUACCUGUUGCUGUACCCGAAGUUCCCUCGUCGCCGAGACAUGAAUUUCCUGCAGACUGGAGUAUUAAAACACGACUUCUAUUUAUGUCUUCCCAACCUUUCACCUGGGCAGAACAUUUAAAAGCGCAAGAGGAAGCUCAAGGAUUUGCUCAGCAUUGUAGAGCUACAGAAACAAACUUGCCACAGAGCAUACAGGAACCAAAACUGUCCACAGAACUGCGUUGUGCCUUUCAGCAAAGCCUCGUUUACUGGCUUCACCCUUCACUGCCAUGGCUGCAGCUGUUCCCUCGGAUUGGAGCAGAUAGAAGAAUAGCUGGAAAGGCUUGUCCUUGGUCACAGGAUGAAGCCUUGCAACAAGCACUAAUGAGCGACUGGUCUGUCAGCUUUACAUCUCUGUACAAUCUGCUCAAAGCCAAACUGUGUCCCUACUUCUAUAUAUGUACCUACCAGUUUACCGUCCUGUUCCGUGCAGCUGGUCUUGCGGGAAGUGACGUUAUCACAGCUGUAAUUUCUCCCACAACUAGAGGUUUAAGGGAAGCCAUGAGAAAUGAAGGCAUAGAGUUUUCUUUACCUUUGGUAGAAGAAAGUAGAACCAGGAAACAGAAAAACUCUGAAGUGAAUCUGGAAACAGAAGGUGCUAACAGCCUCCAAGUGGGCAACAGCAUGGAAGAUGGAGAGGAACCAGCUCCAAGUGAUGAUGACGACGAAAGUUUCUCUUGGCUUGAGGAGAUGGGAGUCCAAGACAAGGUUAAGAAACCAGAUGCUAUUUCUAUUAAACUUCGUAAGGAGAAGCAUGAGGUGCAGAUGGAUCACAAACCCGAAUCCCUUGCAUUAGUGAAAGGGACAAACACAUUCACCUUGCUGAACUUCUUGAUAAACUGCAAGAGCCUGGUGGCUGUUGCAGGUCCACAAGCAGGGCUUCCACCAACUUUGCUGUCCCCUGUUGCUUUCCGAGGUGGAACAAUGCAAACGCUCAAAGCUCGAAGCAUAAAUGCCAAAGCCAGGGUUCACCUGGCAUAUGAGGAUAUCUUCAGUUUGGAGAUCGUAGGCCCCGUCAUGCCUCAUUCCCUGCAUUCACUGACCACGCUGCUCAAAUCCGCACAGAGGGGAGCGUUCUCGGCUGUUUUAUAUACACACGAGCCAACUGCUGUGUUUAACACUAAUCUUGACAAUGCAAGCCCUGCCUUAAAUAAGGAAGCCGUAUGCAAAGAUCUUCCUACGUGUGGACUGCAUCCUAAGACUUUGGAUCAACUGAGUCAGUGUCCAGCAUUGGGAAAAUCCUCCAUCCGAUUUCUGGAAAUGAAGGAUUAUGCUUAUACCUGGAAGUCCUAGGUAUGCUAGUUCCAUUUAAUGGAAAAGAAUGCUCUCUAGCGUGCAGUUGCUGUACUUCAUUCGGGUCUACACGGGCAGCACCUAUGCAGUACCGGGAGGGAUACAACCUAGUUGAACAUCACAGACAACUAUUGCACAUCACCCAGCAUAAAACACUUCAAAGGACUUUUGAAGGAAAUGAAGGUCUUGGACAUCUCCUUUUGUAUUUUAGACAGCCUUUUUUAAAUAAAACUUGAUAAAACAUGAUUAGCUAUUUUAUUGGUCUGAAUUGCAUCUGGAAGGUCUGUGUUCUUCAUGCACAUGCAAGUUCUAUUCUGAAGUACAGAGCUGCUGCUACUGCUCUGUGCGGUAACUGGUAGCCAUUUUGGAUGGGUGGAAUAUCUUGGCAAAACCCCUUCCAAGACUGCUUCAGCACCUUGCCAGAAGCUUGACAGCUACGCCUCGGUAUGCUGCACCUCUUGGUUUAGAGACAGCUCUGAACUCCACAAAGAUAGAUGAAAGUCAGAUGGACACAAGCAGAGAGUCCUGGCUGCAGCUCAAUCAGAUUAAAAGGUUAAGAUUCCUCAGAACUGCUUGACAUAGCUGUCUAGUAUUCCCAAACCCACUUACGUUAAAAUGAGCUAGACUUUUAAAAAGCAGUUUGUACCAACCAUAACCUGAAUCAGAACAAGUUGGAGCAGUAACAUAGUUGUACGGCCUGAUCGAAGACAGAGAAAAUGAGAGGCAGCAGACUGCUAAUCUGACUCUGUUAUGUUCACAGAUAGCAGUAGUAGGGUCUAUUAACAAGUUUAAUGCAGUCCGUUUCACUUCAGGUAGUCAAAGCUGUUAUUUUGGAGGCAUGUAUGUCACUUUUUACACAGCUAUCAGGUGAUCAGAUCCCUGCAGCAGAGAAAACUAAAUCUGAAGAGCAGUAUGUAGAAUACUGUCACGUUUGUGCCCUCCAGCAAGAUUUCUAAUUCAGCUGUGCACAGAAAAUAAAGCAGCGCUCACGCCAUGUGGUCAGCUACCCUCAUCUUUACUACAGCGCCGUUCUGCUCACCACCUCAGAAUCAGUCUGCGAUUCUGAAACAGUAACUUUAGACUGUGGCCAGGUCUUACUUGAGGAAACAGCCUGUGAACUUAAAAAUGUGGGCACGUAAACAAGUUACUGCAGGUUGAGGCAUGAUGAAAGCUUCCUGUGCCUUCCAGUUACUUCAUAUCGACACCACGUGAAGUAUCCUACCCCAAGAAUGCAGCAUGUAUACAAUUACACUGGAAUGCUUUACAUUUACAUCUGUUACUUUACAGUAACUACCAUGACACUGUCAGCCUAGUGGUACACUGAACAAGACAACAUCUAGAAAACCUAGACAAAGGGAAAGUCCCUCUCUUACGAUGGAAACAGGCACCUCAGAAUAUUAAAAUCUUUGAUAAUGUCAAAUACUCGGUUUCUGGUGGAGUUCAGGGUAGUACAAUCCGACUUCACACUUCUCCCUAACUAAUCUAGAAGCAAAUUACUGCACUUUUCCCCUUUGACUAUUAGCAGACACCAAGAGUGAAAAUCCAGUGCCAACGGCAUCGUGGGGAUACCAGGAGACUGGGUUUCUCAGGUGGCUGGUGUGUUAACUACACCUUCAUUUCCAGUCGCUUUUUAACUGAGAGUAACAGUUAAUUCAAUGCCUUUAUCCUCUGGCUUGCCUGCCUCCGUCAGUCACAGCCUCUGCUACUGGGCUCUGCAGUCCGCUGUAAACUAACCCUUAGCCCAACGCCACGGGUCGUCAACAGCAGUUCUCACAGCAACCACAUUCUGCUGCACUGCACAGAGCGCAGCUUCCCCUGCUGUCACAGGGGUGAGCCCUUCUGAAAGCUGCUCAUGACCUCAGAGCCCACAGCCCCAGUUCUGAAACAGGCAGCAUCUUCUGAGUGUCUGCUCGAGGAACGGGCCUACUGACGGAGCGUGUUAGCACACAGAGGAAGUUACUGAAAGCAAUAGGAAAAAGCAGUUCUGUAGCUGCCUCUGUGGGAAAGCAAUUUUAAUCAAGCCAAUAACCACUCUGGCAUGUAGACUUAAGCCUGUCUGUUUCUAGGAAAUACCGUAAUUACUACUAAUUUCAGUUCCAGUUUGUAUUUUCACAUCUAGCAUGUUAGAGUUGUGCAGAGACACCAACGCCAAUGAAUAGCGUGCAGUCAUUUAAAAAAAAUUGAAUUGCCAUUACACUCCUGUAGCCUAGAACGGUGUAAUUUCAAAAAUUUACCACCAAAUUCUUUAUCACAUGUUUGCACCAUUACCUGAGCUGUAGCUCCUCUGUAAACUGCCUGUUGGUUUUAAGUCAUAGCUUUGCCCGUAAUUUCAGAAGCGUAUUCCAGUUGCUUACAGCUCUGGGAUUCAGUGCUCUUCUUGAAGCGUACUUGGCUCCAAUGAACUGUCCCUGUAAAAGCUACAGCAUUACACGACCCAGUCUGCUGCUCUUCUACCUAAAGGUAUUUUCGGUAAAUACUACCAUUAUUCCAGAUGCUUGUAGAGCAGCAAGAUUUGUUUAUUUAACCUGUCCAAACAAGUGAAUUUUCAUCACAACUAUCAUUUGUUUGGAAGAGCCAGAGACUGUAGCGGUUGAUUAAGACUUCAUACAGUUUUUGCCCUUUAAGAGGCAAUUUUGAAUUUUCCAAGGCAUGGGAACUUCACCUUCCUGCUCCUCCAGCCCUAACUGUUUAAAAACUACAAAUUAGAAGACUGCCAAGAAAUCGUUCUGGUGGAAGCUGGCUUCAAGUUCCCGGGCACCUGUUUCAAAAUGCUCCUCCCUCGCACGACAGGGAAGUCAGAAGCACUUUCAGCAAUGUUACUUCUAGGAAAGUAAUUCUGCGCGAAAGGAAAUUCAACGGCCAAACAGAUCACGUCUUCCAUCAGCAGGAGUCACAGACUAUUCAGCUUUAAGACAGCUGAAGUGCUGCAUAAAUAACCAGGUUCCAAGAGAGUGUUUCCUAGUUGUUCUUUUUAAUGUAUCACUACUUAUCUAUUCCUGCAUGCAAAGGACACUCAAACGAAUUCCAAUUUACAAAUUUAACAGAAGCACAUCGCUGCACUAGCUUUAGAUUCAUAUAUCAUUCUAAACAACGAGGAAUGAAACUAGAACAGAAACCUCAAAAUCAAGAAGUGUCAUAAUUAGGGCAUUACAGACCUUAAUUUCUUUUUUUUGUAAGUCUUCCUUAAGACCAAAGGUUAAAUCCACACACAAGUACCACAUCUUUUAAGGCAUGAAAUCCAGAACUUGCCUAAAUAGUUGGUUUUUAAAUGGAGUCUUCAAUAGGACUGACUUCAUCUGCUCCUUGCUGCUGUGAGAUAACAUGUAUCUUUACAUUAUACAUGGGGAAUAUAGAGCAAAAAAAGAACAAAACAACAAGCACAAGAGAUUGUAUGUUCCCAGAUGCGAUACUGUACAGCUAUGAAACCAGUGCUUACAUGGACACCAUAGACUACACAGAAUGAUCAACAUCUCUGAUGCUUUAGCUCUAUCAAACCAGACAUUUAAACACAAGUCUGAUUAGGAGCUGCUCCCACAUCCCGAGUUAAUUACUUUAAGUCGUACAUCAAAAAGCCAGACUUCAGCUAGGACAGAUACAACGCCCAGUUCUCCCAGAGCAGAUCUUCCCAUUGCUGUACCAUCAUAUUUACUUUUGGUUUUCAUACACACCUUCCAACUAGUUCAGCAAACGAGGCAAGGAGAUCUUCAAGUAUUUAGUCAGAGACGGAAGGCGAGAAGCCAAAGGGAAAAAAGUUUUAAUUAAAGACAACUACGUCCAUGAAAAUUAAGAUUAACUUAGGCAUUUCUAGAGCGCUUUGACAGACUAAUAAGGGGUUUUAUUUCUUGAAGUAUGUGGUGGACAACCAAAUACCAUUUUCUCUGCUGUACACAACAUGAGACAUUGAUCCUUGUCCCUUUAGGGCAAAGAAAGACACCUUGUUCCAUAACAGUUGACAGCAUACACACAAGUCACCUCACUUUGUGGAAGAAGAGGUACUAGUAAUUCUUCACCUCCAUGUUCCUACUGCCAUGGCAAAGGUCAUUCACUUCGGGCCCGAGCACAGCCUUACUACACACAAACUUUAUUUUGCUCCUGGCCCAGACGAAGCUCUGGUCAGUAGAUGUAAUACAAAGAGCCCUCAAAAAGACUUUUCUGAAAUAAGCACCUGAACUACUAGAGUCCAUAAAUCCUGGCAAUCUGCUCGUAACUCAGACAAAUCUGGCAAGAGGUGUACAAUGCCCUUUCCAAUUCAAAGUGCACAUAGCUAAAGUACUAAUACUUCUUAAA